UAAAAUAGAUGUUCAUACAUCAGCCUUUCUACAGCAGCGGCGGCAGCAGCAGGAAGACAUGGCCGACUGGAUCUGACUACAACACUCACUUUGAGCAGAAAUCACAGCCCUCACAAAGGUUCUCCAGGAAUGGCACCAGGUCACCGAGCCGGGGCUCACGGGAAGCGAAAAAAGAGCGGAACCACCACCCCAUCCUCAGCGUCUUCGAGCUUGAAAGGUUGCUGUACACGGGAAAGACAGCCUGUAAUCAUGCUGAUGAGGUCUGGCCAGGACUCUACCUGGGCGAUCAAGAUAUAGCGGCCAACCGGCGCGAGCUGGCUCACCUGCGCAUCACCCACAUCCUCAAUGCCUCGCACAGCAAGUGGAGGGGGGGUGCUGAGUACUACGAGGGCACGGGCAUCCGCUACCUGGGCAUUGAGGCCCAUGACUCGCCUUCCUUUGACAUGAGCCCCUACUUUUAUCCUGCAGCUGACUUCAUCCACCAAGCGUUGAAUGAAGGAAGGAUCCUUGUGCACUGUGCUGUCGGGGUGAGCAGGUCGGCCACCUUGGUCCUCGCCUACCUCAUGAUCCGCCACCACAUGCCCCUUGUAGAAGCCAUAAAGACGGUCAAGGACCACCGUGGUAUCAUCCCCAACCGGGGUUUCUUGCGCCAGCUGGUCGCCCUGGACAAUGCCCUGAGGCUGAAGAGGAGUGCGUGAAGGAGGACGAGAGGGUGGGAGCGUUGUGUGUGCGGUGCUCACUUGACCCCAAUGCCCGCUGAGUGGCAGAGGUAGGGCUUUCCUCACGGUGCAGACGCUUGGCAGCUAAUGGGUUACAUGCAACUGGCCCCUGGGCCUCCUCCUCAGCUAUAAGGAGGUCCCCAGACACGCGAGCUAUUCCUAGUGGUAAAGCAUAGGCCCUCAACCUGCAAUCUUGCCAACUAGGCAGGCCUAACGUAUAGCCUCCUUCCCAGCCUGCUCGCUCCAAGAUGCCUCCGGAGGGACUCAGCCCCACGUUUCAGGUUACUCUAUCCCUGUUGGCUCCAGGAAGCCUUCAAGGCUUCGUUCUCCCACAUGGCAGAUGCAUUGCCAAGCCAGUCCUGUCCCUCCUUUCCAGGAGACUGAAGCUCUGUGUGUUCCUUGUCUUGUUUCCCAUUCGUUUUUGGUCUGUGUAGCAAUGUGAAUUAGGUCUGGUGUGUGGGCUCAGGCAAACAGGCCUUUUGUCGUAGUGUUUGGAUGUCCUCCGUGCCUAGUGUUACCUGUAAAAAUAAAGACAGUACUAAGGAA